AACAAGAAUAAUCUCUCAAAUCUUUCCUUUCCUUUCCUUCUGUCACUUCUCUGCCUCAAAGCUUCAACCUUUCUUCUCCCUCCUUCCACCAGAGGAAAACAUCUAUCCCAGAACCACAAACCAAUUACCUCCAUUUCUGCACAAGCUUUGAAAAUCCAAACUGAAACCCUGUUGGAAUAGCCAUUUCCAACACAAGCUGCAGAUGAGUUUCAGCUCUCUUCACUCCCAAAGUUUCUACAUUGCCCUGAAAAUCCCCACGACCUCCUUUCGCCGCAAGCUCUGUUAGAUCGUUGAAGGGUGAGUAAUUAAAAGGGUAACUGGUUUUCCCCCUGAAUCCCAAAUCCCAUCAGAACGCCAAAAUCUCUCUCUGCCUUGAAUCAUACAUGGCGAGCGACACUGUCUCCGGCGGCAUCGUUGGUUUUGGCCUCCUCUCCUGCGACCCUCUCUGGAUACCUCCCCCUUCCGUCGAUUUCCACGGGACGAGACAUUUGUUGGAUUUCGACAAUGUUGGGUGCGGAGACGCCAUGGACGGAGGAAGUUUCUUCCACUCUCUGGUGAAAGAAGAGCUCUGCGACGAGGAUUUCGAACUGGGUUCCAGCCCUAGAGGCAAGAAACGGCGGCUGACCAUCGGCCAGGUUCACUCCCUGGAAAGAAGCUUCGAGAUGGAGAACAAGCUGGAGCCGGAGAGAAAAGUGCAGCUUGCCCAGGAGCUCGGCUUGCAGCCUCGCCAGGUCGCCAUAUGGUUCCAGAAUCGCCGGGCUCGGUUCAAGAACAAGCAGCUGGAGAGAGAUUUCGACUCCCUCCGUGCCAACUUCGACCGCCUCAAAUCCGAUUACAACUCCCUGCUCCAAGAAAAAGAAACCCUAAAAAACGAGGUAAUUUCGCUGAAGGAGAAAUUGGGGACGAGGGCGAAUCUGACUAAUUUGGGUGGAACGGCGACGUUUAUGGUCCCGGCCAUUAUUCCGCCGCCGCCGAUGAAGCCAGAGGAAGCGACGGCGACGGCGACGGCGACGGGGAAGAGCAACGUGAUCAAUUCGGACAGCCCGCAUUCGGUGCUGAUGGAAGCGGCGGAGUCGUCGCAAGUCUUCGAGGAGAACGUUUCCGAUUACUUCUCCCAGGACGAAGACGACAGCCUGUACAUUAACAACAACAUUAGAAGCAACAACGAGCUUCUGAUGAUGGCUCAGCCGUCCAUUAACGGGUUCCCCAAAUUCAACGAGCUUCCUGGGGUGCCCAAUUCCUGCGGUUUCGAGUUUCCUGUGGAGGAUCAGCCCUUUCUGGUGCUGGAUUUGAUGAACUGGAUGUGAUUUAUUUUUAACAAAGGAAGAGUCCGUCCAGAGCUUCCCGGAGACUUUGAAGAACCAGAAAUUGUUAAAGCAGUAGUUUCCAAUUUCACACAGCUUCUGUACAAAGAAAAAUCAGUGCACAGUGGAUCGUAAGAACAAGAUUUGGCGCUCUUGGUGCUAACCACGGUGGUUAAUCAUCCUGUGGUUGUAGUAAGUAUGGCACUCAGGCGAGAAAUUUGACUUGGAGUGAAACGAAGUUGCCUAGGGGCGCCAAUGGUGGUUUACUUGCGUAGUAGUUACACAGUAAAAAAAAAGUAUAAUGUAGUGUGUUUUUUUUUUUACUAUAUAUCAUUUAUCCUGAUAGGGUUAACUUUAACUCUCUGCUUUGAGCAAGCUCCCUUUGUAAAAGCCGUUGGGCCAUUAAAGAAGCUCUCUCUUGGCAAGAUUUGUGAAUAAGC